GCACAGUGCACACGAAGGAAACUUUGUCCAAGAUUUCCCCUCUAAAACGUCGUCGUUUCCACAGACAACCAACCGCCAAUCCCACCUUGUAAGUUGUCACGACGAGCUAGAACGUUGGGAAACGCCUCGUUCACUCUCGCGCGCGCGGAAAAUGCAGAGCACUGCAUUGUCCCUGUCUCCGUCAUCUCCAUUUCCCCGUACGCGAAAGCUUCCGAAUCAAAACCCUAACCCUAGUCUCGCUCCAUUUUCCCUCUCUUCUAUAACAUCGCUCGACUUUACCACCUCCCAUGGCGUCUCACUCUACGCUAGAGCUUCUUCUCUGUUCUCUUCGUCAAGCUUCAAUACUCGAAGCGCUGCUUCUUUCCUUCUUUCGUAUCGGAAACCUGAUGGUUUCAAGGUCAGAGCUUCUUCGGUCCCUGAGAGUUCAGGUGAGGCCGCGAGAUCGAACGGCCUGACCCGGACGCUUCAGCUUGGCUCUAUGUUCGCAGUAUGGUAUCUUUUGAACAUAUACUUCAACAUCUUCAAUAAGCAGGUUUUGAAGGUCUACCCAUUCCCAGCAACAGUUACGGCAUUUCAGUUUGGCUGUGGGACUCUAAUUAUUUCUUUAAUGUGGGCAUUUAAUCUCCAUGAGAGGCCUAAGAUUAGUGGUCCACAGCUUGCUACAAUUCUACUACUAGCUGUAGCACACACAAUGGGCAACCUUUUGACGAAUAUAAGCAUUGGAAAAGUUGCUGUUUCGUUCACUCACACAAUCAAAGCUAUGGAACCCUUUUUCACAGUCUUCCUCGCUCUUCUUAUUAUUGGGGAGAGGCCCACUCUCUGGGUAGUUGCUUCCCUUGUACCAAUUGUAGGUGGAGUGGCAUUGGCAUCGUUCACUGAGGCCUCUUUUAAUUGGACUGGUUUUUUGAGUGCAAUGGCUUCCAAUCUGACGAAUCAAUCACGGAAUGUAUUAAGCAAAAAAUUCAUGGUUAAUAAGAAGGAAACUUUGGACAAUAUCAAUCUUUUCUCAAUUAUGACGAUUUUUUCUUUUAUCCUGGCGGUACCUGUGGCUAUUCUCAUUGAAGGCAUCAACUUUACUCCUUCAUACCUGCAAUCAGCUGCAAGUCAAGGUUUAAAUGUUAGAGAGCUAUGUGUAAGAUCUCUUCUGGCUGGAAUCUGCUUCCAUAGUUAUCAGCAGGUUUCAUAUUUGAUACUUGGGAUGGUAUCGCCUGUGACCCAUGCUGUGGGAAACUGUGUAAAGCGAGUGGUGGUGAUUGUCUCCUCAGUCAUCUUCUUCCAAACACCUGUUUCGGCCAUAAAUUCCCUCGGAACUGGGGUGGCUCUUGCCGGCGUAUUCUUGUAUUCAAAAGCCAAGCGGAUGAAGCCAAAGCCAGUGGUUGCUUGAGUUGUAAUCUGCAAAUGAUCAGAGUACUAAUUUGGUGAUUUGGUUUUGUGUUGGGCCAUAAUUGUAUCAAAAUGUCUUGUUCAAGAAUGAUAUUUGGAUAUCUGAGAUGGACACGUACAGUAAACAUGUAAAUGUAUACAGCUCCCCACAGUUUAGUGUA